UUUAUUUUGCCGAGCUUCACAGCGGCAGUCUCAUGGGUGAAAAAUGAAUGUGCAUCCGCUGGGAGACAGUGAGCGUGUGAGGAAUUCUGCUGUAAUGGAGGAUAUUUCCCAGCAGACCCAGUGACUCUCACCACCACCUUAUGCCUCCUAUUGAAUGUGGAAAGCCUAGGAUGGAAGACCCACCAAGUGCUGCACUGAGGCACUGGAACAACACUCUGAACGUCCACCACCUCUGUUGCAUUGCCUCCUCCUCACACACUAACAAGACCAGUUGCUUCAUCACCAUCACUAACCAGACAGGGACCACCGCCACCGGGUGACAAGAUUCCAGGAUGUUUGUGAAUUUCCGCCGGAUACGAAAAUGCCAGUGUGUGCAGCUGAUGACCACCUGCUUGGUGCUGUCAGUGGUAAUGGUUUGCUGGGAGCAGCUGGACAACAGCGUUGUCAGCCAUGUCAAAUCUUACUCAUACCGCUACCUGGUCAACCGCUUCGCCUACAUCAACAAGAGCCUCACCAUCCCACGUGAGCAGGCCCGCAGUUUCAGCAACUUCCGUUACCUGCUGGACCACCCAGAUAAGUGUGCCGGCAAGGACGUCCUCCUGCUCCUCUUUGUCAAAACGUCCCCAGAGAACAUUGAGAGGCGUAAUGCCAUCAGAUCUACCUGGGGUAAUGAGACCUACAUCCAAAACACCCUGGGAGUAACAGUGAAGGUGGUGUUCGCCUUGGGAGCACCUCCAACCAAAAAGGACGAGCCCUCCUCAAGUAAGAGAGCGGUUGAUUUUCAGGAGCAGCUCAUCCAGGAGGAUCAUCUCCAUUCUGACUUAAUCCAACAAGACUUUUUAGACUCCUUCCACAACUUGACACUGAAGCUGAUCCUGCAGUUCCACUGGAUGCACAGCCACUGCCCCCACGCCCGCUUCCUCAUGACCGCUGACGAUGACAUCUUUGUUCACAUGCCCAACUUGGUGAGCUACCUGCAGGAUAUGAGCAGCAGAGGCGUCACAGACUUUUGGAUUGGUCGAGUGCACAGAGGGGCACCGCCAAUCCGUAGCAAAGACAGUAAAUACUAUGUGAGCUUUGAGAUGUACCAAUGGAUGUCUUACCCUGACUACACAGCUGGGGCGGGGUACGUGGUCUCCAGGGAUGUAGCGGACAAAAUCUACCAAGCCACGCUGACCCUGAACGCCUCUCUUUACAUAGAUGAUGUGUUCAUGGGGAUCUGUGCUAACGCCAUUGGUGUGUCACCACAAGAGCACCUCUAUUUCUCAGGGGAGGGCAAGGCGCCCUACCACCUGUGUAUUUAUGACCAGAUGAUGACAUCACAUGGUCACGUGGAUGAUAUCUAUGAUCUGUGGAAGGCCGCGACACACCCACAGGUGAAACAGAGGACCUCUGGAUUCAUAGGGAGGCUGUACUGUACAGCUGUGAAAAUGGCUCUUCUUUGUAAACCCUACUAUUUCAACACCUACCCCUGCAAGGCAGCCUUCUUGUAGUAUUAUUCAGGUUUGUGUGUGUCAGUGUGUGAAAGAAAGAGAGAGCAUGCGUCAUCGAUCAUAAUAAAGUGAGGAUCAUUGCUGCAAAUAUUACCUCAGUCCUUUCAGUCGGACACCCGUGUAUGUCAAAACACUGGAGUGUAUGUUGGGUGUUUCAAGAGACAAAGAGACCAGACGAUUGAUGUCUGAUACUGUUAUUGUGAGAUCACCAACGCAUCACUGACCUCUAGCCUAGGGUGUUUAGUAAUGUGACAACACUGGCUUUGCAAUGACAGCAGAAUGUGUUGAAAUAGGUCCUGAAAAGAUAUUGUCCCAGCUUCACUCACAAAUGGGAUUUUAAAUCA